AUGGAUAGAGAGAGGGUUUUGAGCUUAGCCAUUAGGGUUUUGGUGUUAAUCUUAUUUUUGGGGUGGAUUUUUCUUUGGGUUAUGAUGCCUACAAAUACUUAUAGAAAAAAAUGGCUUCCCAAAAUUAGAGAGAAAAGUUAUAAAUCUACUUAUUUUGGAUCAGAAGGAACUUCCCUUUUGAUGUAUACGUUUCCCAUUUUGUUCAUUGCUAUUUUGGGUUGUGUUUACAAUCAUUUGGAAAAAAAGCGAAGUGAUCCAAACGUCAAAACCAGAAAAGGAACAAAGCACCAUGGUUUGGCGAUGUGGAAGCAGCCAGCGAUCGUGAAAGGGCCACUCGGGAUCGUAUCAUGGACCGAACUAACUUUGCUGACCAUGUUCAUUAUCCUUUUAGUUUGGUCCUUCGCCACAUAUUUACACAACAGCUUCAUCACCGAGAAAAUGUGGGAAAUUAGAUUGGGAAGUGCAGGGUUUUGGUUGGGAAUCGUUGGGAAUAUUUGUUUAGUCUUUUUGUUCUUUCCCGUCGCACGAGGGUCGUCGUUACUACCGCUGCUGGGUCUCACCUCAGAGGGUUGCAUUAAGUAUCACAUAUGGCUUGGCCACAUGACAAUGGCUUUCUUCUCUGCUCAUGGCAUUUGCUUCCUUAUUUAUUGGGCUGCUACUAAUAACAUUUCUCAAAUGAUUAAAUGGGCUAAAACAGAUAUAUCAAACAUAGCCGGAGAACUAGCUUUAGUAUUUGGUCUCAUAAUGUGGGCAACAACUAUUCCUCGCAUUCGUAGAAAGUUCUUUGAACUCUUUCUUUACACUCACUAUCUCUACAUCCUAUUCAUCGUCUUCUUCAUCUUCCAUGUUGGCAUCUCCUACGCAUGUGUUAUGCUCCCUGGUUUCUACCUCUUUGUCAUUGAUCGAUACCUUCGAUUCCUCCAAUCUCGUCGUCGUGUUCGUCUACUCUCUGCUCGCCUCCUUCCCUGCCAAACGCUAGAGCUCAACUUCUCAAAGCACCCAGGAUUGAAGUACAACCCAACAAGCACAAUGUUCAUAAACAUCCCUUCCAUCUCAAAGCUCCAAUGGCAUCCAUUCACAAUCACAUCUCACAGCGAUUUAGAACCAGAAAAGCUUUCCGUUGUGAUCAAAUGCGAAGGAACGUGGUCUUCCAAGCUUUACAAAACCCUUUCAUCUUCCUCAUCAUCCGCCAUUAACGACCAUCUUCAAGUUUCCCUCGAAGGUCCAUACGGCCCUGUUUCCACUUCCUUCCUCCAAUUCGACACUCUCUUAAUGAUCAGCGGCGGCAGUGGAAUCACCCCAUUCAUUUCCAUAAUCAAACACAUAAUCCACAACUCCAGUUAUUCCCACCACAACAAAACCCCCAAACUCCUCUUAAUUUCCGCCUUCAAAACCACCGCCGAUCUAACCUUCCUCCACCUCCUCCAAACUCCCACCACUCCUCACAAUUUGCAAAUCGAAGCUUAUGUAACAAGAGAGAAAUCCCCUCAAAACGAAAACCCACAAAUCAGAUCAGUGACUUUCAAAUCCCAUAUUGAGGAGUCGGCUGCGGCGGGUAUCUUAGGGCGAAAUGGAUGGAUGUGGCUAGCAGGGGUGAUAUGUUCGUCGUUUGGGAUUUUCUUGAUCUUCAUUGGGGUUUUGAAUCGAUAUUAUAUAUACCCAAUUGAUGGGAAUACGAACGAUGUGUUUGCCUUAGGAUUGAAGUCAUUUUUGCAUAUGUUGGGGUUGUGUUUUGGGGUUUUCACGGCGGCGACGGCUGCGGUGCUUUGGAAUAAAAGAGAAACAGCGAAGGAAGAGAGGCAAAUUCAGAAUGUUGAAGGAGCUACCCCAAAUGGAUCGCCAUGUGCGAUUGGGUGUGAGAAAGAAAUAGAACUGGAGAGUGAUCCAUUUCAAGUUCUUAAUCAAUCUGUUAAUGUUCAUUAUGGUGAAAGGCCUAAUCUUCCAAGAAUGAUUGAAGAAUGCAAAGGGGAAAACAUUGGAGUUAUGGCAUCAGGUCCAAAGAAAUUGAGGCAAGAAGUUGCUGCCAUUUGUGGAUCUGCUUUACCUAAAAACCUUCAUUAUCACUCCAUCAGCUUCACUUGGUGAAUUCUUCUUACUAACCAUUUCCCAUCAAUAAUAAUUACAUCCUUAAUGCAAUUCCACAUUACAACCUUUUAUGUUUUCCUUUUCCUUUUUGGAUAUGAAGAGAUGUUGUUUGUUUGCUUUUAUCAUCUUUGUAACCCUAUUUUACUUGUAAAAAAAGUUAAUAAAUAAUGUGUUGUUCCAUAA